CCGAAUGACAGCGGCUGCUCCCCGCGCCCCCGCCCCGUGAGGACCGGCCGUCCCCGCUCGCUCACUGCUGGACAUGGAGGGGAGAGAGGACGCGGAGUGCGACUGCCAGGUGGCGUUCGCCGAAGCCCAGCGAUGGGUAGAGGCAGUUACUGGGAAAAGCUUUGGAACCAAAGACUUUCGAGCAGCUCUAGAAAAUGGAGUCCUGUUGUGCGAUUUGAUUAACAAGAUCAAGCCCGGCAUCAUUAAAAAGAUAAAUCGUCUGUCAACUCCAAUUGCUGGCUUGGAUAAUAUAAAUGUUUUUCUGAAAGCGUGCGAAAAUAUUGGACUGAAAGAAGCUCAGCUUUUUCACCCAGGAGAUCUUCAGGAUUUGUCCAAUCGAGUUACAGUCAAGCCGGAGGAAACCAACAGAAGAGUGAAAAAUGUUUUGAUUACAUUAUACUGGCUUGGGAGAAAAGCUCAAAGUAAUCCCCAUUAUAAUGGUCCAUACCUCAAUCUUAAAGCAUUUGAGAAGUUAUUAGGGCAAGCAUUGACUAAGGCACUUGAAGAGUCCAGCCACCUGAACAGAAGUGGCAGGGAUAGUGGAUACGGUGAUAUUUGGUACGUUGACCGGGGAGAGCCCUUUUCGUCUUCAGCUAGCCAUAAAAGAGACGAUUCCUUUGAUAGCUUGGACUCUCUUGGUUCAAGAUCCUCCACAAGCUUUUCAUCAGAUAUAACCUUAAAAGGUGGCAGUGAAGGUUGUGACAGUGACACAGACUCAGAACUGCCUUUCAAAAUGCAUAACUCCCAUAAAGAUGACAGGUUUUACCGCAGGAUUUCUGUGAUUGAACCAAAACCUACCACUGACUUCAAUCGCUUCUUACCCAAUAAAAACAAGCAGUCAGCUUAUGUGCCAGCACCAUUAAGGAAGAAGAGAACAGAGAAGAAUGAGGACAACAGGAGGAGCUGGGCAAGUCCUGUCUUCACCGAGUCAGAUGGAACAUUUUCAAGUAACCACAGGAGGCAGAAGCAGUUGGAUACUAAAGAGGAAAACAAACCAAGAGUUAACAAUCCUUCAGGAUUAUCUGGGUAUUUUGAUGAGGACGAGGAAGAAGUAGGCAUCCCAAACAUUGAAAAAGAUGAUUUCUAUUUUCGCAAACUAAGUUCUUCAUCAUCAAAUACAGUUGUUGCUUUUGACAAAUUUCUUCCUAAGUUUUGGACUCCUGAAGAAGAAUUGCUAUGGAAAAAAAUCAAGAAAUCCUCUUUUAAACCCUGGUAUAAAGAGAUUCAAGGGUUCAGUAGAAAGAAAUCAGAUUCUGAGGAUGAGGAAUUUGCUUACAAACAAAGCUGUACCUUUGUUGCUAAUCAACCAAGACCAAUUUUUGACUGGAACAAUAGUUGCAGAAGGGAUCAGAGCUAUAAGCCAUCUGCUGAAUAUGUGAGAAGCUCGUUGUCACAGAUUGCAGAAGGAAAAAUCAUGGAGUCUUCUGAUCAGCCCAGUCAGUUUUCGUUGCUUCAGGCCCUGCAAAAAUACUCUGACUACGUGUCUUCUGAAACGGAGACCAAAAUUGAUCCCACUUCUGGCCCUAGGCUCAUAAAAUGUAGAAAGAAUGUUUCCUUUAUACCAGGAUGCAAGCAAGGAGAUGAGGAAAAUGGGUGUCUAUAUCCAGAUUUGGAAAAUGAUGACUUGUUCGUUCGAAAAACCGGGGCUUUCCACGUGAAUCAAGUUGUUCUUCAAGACCCUCGGUUUUUAAAAAAAGCCUCUGAUCAAGACCCUCCCCUAGAGGGUGAGAUAAUCCUGCAACCCAGAGAGGGCCAACCUGUGAUUCCAGAUUUGGAAAAGGAUGACAUGAUUUUCCGUAAAGUCCUCUUUCAGAAAAAAGAGGUGCCUUUGUCGGGUGCUCCUGACAAGUAUCACCCAGCACUGUUUCCUGAUCCUUGGAGUCUUCCAGAAGAGAUCCGAUCCAAAUUUCUAUGUUUACUUGAAAAAGACACGACGCUGGAGGAAAGAAAGAGCGAUGGCAGAGUGCUGUCGCCGUCUUCCCACCAUAAGAGGGAUGACAUGCUGAACCGCAAGAUUGAGUCUUGGAAGGUUGGAAGCAACACACAGCCAGUAAAUUUUAUCCCAGGUCCAUGCAGUGAAGAAGACUGGAAGAAGUGGGAAGCGAUCAGGGAGGCCAGCAAAGUUAGACACAAGAAACGGCAGAUGGUGGAGAGACUGUUUCAAAAGCUUUCUGAUGAGCAAGGGAGUAAAUCUUUGAAUGAUGUCAGUGCAGAGGAGCUGCAGUCAUUGCGCAAAAUCCGUUACGAAGAGCUGCAAAAGAUAAAAGAGCAGUUGCAAGAACAAGAUCUAAAGUGGCAAGAAGAUCUAGCAAAAUGGAAGAAUCGUAGAAAGAGCUACACUUCAGAAUUGCAAAAGAAAAAGGAAGAGAGAGAAGAAAUUGAAAGAAGAGCCUCUGAAGUGUCUGGAAGGAGUACCAAGUCACUGAAAGAAAUGCAGCAGGAGAGGGAGGAGAGAGAUGAAGACUCCUCUGGGCAGCGAAAACAGGAACACAUGUGGAGGUAUUCACUGAAUGAUGACGUGUUUGGUGAAGAAAAAGCACCUUCCACAUGGUCAACAGCAAAAGAUCACCAUUUGGAAGAAGAUACUUCCUACAGCACUAAGGACAGCAAAAGUGAAUAUGUCUCACAGCCACCCAAGGAGAGCCCACCGGAGAGCUCGGCUGCUCAGGAAGCUCCUGCUCUGCCAAAGAGCCUGGCUGAGGAGCAGAGCUCGGCUCUUUUGUCUACUCGUUACUCAGUGAAUGCUCAAACUGGGUCAGCUCAGGUUUCAGCUUCUCUCCCGAGAACUUACCAGAAAACUGAUACCUCUAGGUUAACAUCUGUGGUUACACCAAGACCUUUUGGUGUACACUCAAGAGGAAUCUCAUCACUUCCACGGUCGUUCACGAUGGAUGAUACUCUGAAAUACAACGGUGAAGUAGAAAAAGCUAGAAGAACUCCAACUUUGUUCACCAGCAUCUCCUUUUCACAACCAGACUCUGCACACCCUCUCUCCACUAGUGCAUUCAGAAGCAGAGGUGAGGAGGAAGAGGAGGAAAAAGAAGGUGUUCAGUCAACAUUUGCUCCUACUUUGGCAUUACCUGUAAAAUCCCAAGACCAAGAUGCGGGAAGCAGUAUUCUUAAACCUGAGUAUGACAUUCCUCCUGAUUCUCUUUCACUUGCAUCUUCUGCAGAAAUCAAGAGUCCAACAGAGCCUGAGGAUUCAAAAUCCAUGGAACAGUAUAGUGAAAUGAGAAUCAGCAUAAACCAGAGACCUGGCCACAGUCGCAGCUUUGGGUUUACAACAAACUGGAGUUCUUCAGGAGCCUUUGUACAGACAGUUGAAGAAGGUAGCCCUGCAGCACUUUGUCAACUGCAUGUAGAUGAUGAGAUCAUUGCUGUCAAUGGCACAAAGGUUUCACAUAUGGACUACAGUCAGUGGGAAGAAGCCAUCAGCAGAGGACUAGAAACUGGAAACCUGGUCAUGGAUGUCAGACGAUACGGAAAGAAUGACUGGGGCAAAGACCAGCCUUCCCUGCCGCAUGUAAGGCAUAAAAUCCUCAAUCUCACCAGUAUGGCUACCAACAUUAUAGGUACAUCUGAAAAUAAAUGGAUUGAUGCAACUUCUGGAGAACAUGUUUCAAAUGUUUCCACCAUAUCAACAAAAAGAGAUUUCUCCAGCAGCCUUCGAAGUUCUGAUACAGAAACAAAAAUGAUAAAUGGAACACAAGGAGAUCUUGGCUCUAAUGAACAAAGAGCAUCUGAACCUAUUUCUUUGAAAAACUUAAAAAGACGGUCACAAUUUUUUGAACAAGGAGGCCCAGAGCCUGCAAUGCCUGAUCUCCCAGUCCCAUCCAUUAGCGCUCCUAGUCGUCGGGUUUGGGAUCAAGAGGAAGAGCGAAAACGACAGGAAAAAUGGCAAAAAGAGCAGGACCGUUUAUUGCAGGAGAAAUAUCAACGGGAACAAGAAAAACUGAAGGAAGAAUGGCUACGAGCUAAGCAAGAAGCAGAAAAAGAGAGCUCCAAGUAUUUUGAUGAGGAGCAGACUGUUCUAACUUUAAAUACGACAUCCGUCACUUCUCGGGCUCCAUCUGUGUCCAGCUGGAGAGCAAGCCCUGAAGCAAAUAUUCCUGAGGAGCCAGAAGGAGAUGGAGGAAGAAAGCUGGCAGUGAGCUUGCUGCAUGAGGAAGAAGGAAGAAGGAGGUUUCAGGAGGAACAGAGGAUCCAGGAAGAAGCAGCCCUGCAUUUUGAGCAAGAAAGAGAACGCCAAGAGUUGGAGCUUGAGAGACAACGUAAAGAGAGGGAGCAGCAAUAUGCUGAGGAGCAGAGGCAGCGGGCAGAGAUGGAGGAGCAGAGGCAGCAGGCUGAAAGGCAGAGGGAGGUGUCAGCGGAGGUGCCUCAGUACCAAAGACAUUAUGAGCGCUAUGAAGUAUCUAAAACUAUAGAGGAUCGAGCUGGCUAUCCUCUCAUUGACAGGCAUUAUGAGCGUUAUGAAGUUUCUAAAACCAUUGAGGAACAACCAGACCAGUCGUUUGCUGACAGGAAUAAGUCCAAGUCAACUUCAGAACUGAAUGAAUUCAACACAAUCAGAAACGGUACCCAGAGCAAGUUUUCAGAGAGGUCCUGGAACAUGGGUGAGUCACAGAAGAAGCCUCAGAAGGAACAAAACCUCUCUGCAGCAGAGUUGGAGAGACAGCAAAUUCUUCAGGAAAUGAGAAAGAAAACAUCUCUACACACAGACAGCAGCUGGAUAAGGCAGCGCAGCUCCAGUGUACAUAAGGAGCCCAUUAGUCUCUACAGCAAUAGUAUGAGGAGGGGGGAGUCUUUGGACAAUCUUGAUUCUUCCAGAACAAGCUCCUGGAGGCACCACUCAUGGCUGAACCACUCUGCCUCUUCUUCAUCUCUGUCUUCUAGUCAAGAUUUUAGUCGCCCGGUGUCCACUUCAAACCGAGCCUACAUGUGCACUCCUUCUUCCAGCAAAACCCCUCCUGUGGCCACCUCAGCAAGAGCCCCAUCCAUGUCCCAGACAGCCCCCCGGGCUCAGUCUCCCGUCUCUGCUUCCCAGCCAGGGUCCCAGACACGCAGCAGUGUGUUGCCUGUGGAUGCGACCUCGGUGGAUCCCGCUCUGGAGCUGAAGUUAGAAUCCGAAACAACCAACUCUUCUGCAACGACUGCUAUAUCAGAUUUAAAAGUACAAGUUCAGGAGGAAUUGAUUUACUUACAGAUCUUAAUUAAAAGGUGCAGUAUAAUUUUUUUCCUUUUUAUGGUUUGCAGAAUUCUGAUUUACUGGAGCAUGAUGUUAAGGCUUUGUAUAGUGGUGUUGAGGUCCUUUUUUCUGCUGUCAUAGAUGAUGGUAGAUAUCCUCCUAAUUUUGACAAGUCUUGGGAGCUUUAUAUGGCUCCUUUUUAUAUAGCAAAUAUGUAGUUCUUUAGGAUGAUAAAAUUCAGGGAAGGGAAAACGUUUCUGAAUUACUUCCUGGGAAAGAUCUCCGUGUUUCUUUAUGAGCCCAGCACAUUUUUCUCACAGUGGACCAGAAGGCAGUGAAGGGAACAGGGAUACUCAUGCUACAGCAUUUCAGCAGGAAUUGGGCAGCUGCUGGCUGAGAAACCUAGCUCAGAAAAAGAGAAGCUCUGCAUCUGAUGCUGUUGCUGUUUUCACGCUCUUUUCGGCUUCCAGAAAAAAGGGGAAGUCACAGAAAUGGUUGUGUGGUGCCCAAGCUAAAACUAGAAAACUUCACACCUUGUGAGGCUAACAGGGUGUUCACAGAGGCUAAUGUUAAGUGCAAAGAUGCCACUGUGACCAGUGGAAGGAGGAAGAGAAUCACCCCCUUCCAUCUGGAGGUGAUCCAGAGCGCUGGGUCAUAUCUCUGAGUUAAUGUUUGGAGAAUGUCUCUCCUUGGUGGCAAGACUACACUGAAGUGACUGUGUUCCUGUUUGAAGUACCCAGAUUUGAGGGAGAUCCACUCUGGAGCUUGCUCAUGUUAUUUUUAUCUCUGUCUUUUCUUUUGAGGGGGAAAAAUUGUUCAAUGACUUGAAUAAGUAAUUUUAUGAAAGAUGAAUUGCUGUUGAGUCUGUUUUUGACAUUACAGCCCAUAAAGUCACAGCAGUGCCUUUCAGAAGCAGAGCUGAUCUGUAAAUAAAUGGUUCUAUUCCCUUCCCUUCAGACUGCAUCUACUUGGGCCAGUGGGCACCUCAAAACAUAAUUGUAUGAGAUACAAGUAAAUUGGGAACUGUAAGAACUUAUAGGUACAGAAUAAAGUAUUUAAAUUAGUGAUGAGUAAUUGAAAUCGGCUAUUUGAAUAACACAAAAACCAGCUAUGCAAUUACUGCAGUGAAAAUACAUUGGCAGCACAGCAGAGGUCUGUGAUGCAGAUUACUUUUUUUUUGCAGUUGUCAUUUAACGUCAGGCUGGCUAAUUAUUCGUUAGUUUGGAACGUGAACAUAUCGGCAAAAAGGUUUGAUAAACUGUAGGGUUAUUAAUAUUCACCGUGCAAUGUUAUGGUGUGAUAUUUUUGCACAUUUUUAUGUUAAUUUUGUGGUUUGAACUUGGAACAUUGUGGUGGAACACAAGUGUAUUGGCAGAUGCCCACAAAGAUAUGCAGAGAGAUAAUAGGAAAAAGUUCUUUAUAUUGUUACAGGUAUUUAGCAAGUUUCAAUUUCAUUAUUGAAGGGUAAAUUUAGAAAAACUGUCAGUCUUUCUCUAUGCUAAUGCUAAAAAUAGUUCUUAAAAACUUGGUAAGGUGCAUGUUCUGUGGAAUAUUACUUGGCCUGAAAUAAUUGCAGUGCUGUAAUUGGAUUAAACUCAAAUUUGUAUUUUUCAUUAAAUUUGGAUUGCUUGAUUCAGAAUGUAUACUUUAGUUUGUGUUACAAUUUUCAAUAAGUAUUGGAAAAACCAUUUU